UACCCUAUAGGCACAAAAUUUCAACGCCAACUCUCCUCGUUCUCUUCGCUCUUAUUCUCAUGGCUUCUUCAAUCUCAGGACUCUCUUCCUUGAGGUUGAAUGCCGAAAAUCUCACCCGCAAAACCCACCAAACAACCCUUUCACCCUCCCCAUUUCGAAAGUCUACCAGAUUCUGCCCGCAGCAAGUGGCGCGUGAGGUUCCCCCGACGACCCUCUCCAGCCUCAAUCCCGGCAACGAUGUUUUACCCAAGUCAAUUCAGAAGCCCGGGCUCGAAAGGGAUCCUCGGGAGCUAUGGAAGAGGUACAUCGACUGGCUGUAUCAGCACAAGGAGCUGGGUCUCUAUUUAGACGUUAGCCGGGUUGGGUUCACUGACGAAUUCUUCCAGCAAAUGGAGCCUAGACUCCAGAAGGCGUUCAAGGACAUGGAUGAGCUGGAAAAGGGUGCGAUUGCGAACCCGGACGAGGGCAGAAUGGUGGGUCACUAUUGGUUAAGGAACCCCACACUCGCUCCAAAAGCUUUCUUGAAGCUGCAGAUUGAGAAUACGUUAGAGCAAAUCUGCCAGUUCGCUGACCAGGUCAUCAGCGGCAAGAUUAAACCUCCUCAUCCGGCAGAUCGGUUUACACAGAUACUUUCUAUUGGAAUUGGUGGUUCAGCUCUUGGACCUCAGUUUGUUGCAGAGGCGUUGGCUCCUGAUAAUCCUCCUCUCAAGAUAAGAUUCAUUGAUAAUACAGAUCCAGCCGGCAUUGAUCAUCAAAUUGCACAGGUUGGCCCUGAGCUAGCUUCUACACUUGUCAUAGUCAUAUCGAAGAGUGGAGGUACUCCGGAGACUAGAAAUGGUUUGCUGGAAGUUCAAAAGGCUUUUCGAGAAGCUGGCCUGGAUUUUGCAAAACAGGGUGUUGCAAUUACGCAAGAGAAUUCGUUACUUGACAACACAGCACGAAUUGAGGGCUGGUUAGCUAGAUUUCCCAUGUUUGACUGGGUGGGUGGUAGAACGUCUGAGAUGUCUUCUGUUGGUUUACUUCCAGCCGCACUUCAGGGAAUUGAAGUUAAAGAAAUGCUUGCCGGUGCAGCAUUGAUGGAUGAAGCAAAUAGGAACUCUGUGGUAAGGAAUAAUCCAGCAGCGCUGCUAGCCUUAUGCUGGUAUUGGGCUUCUGAUGGAGUAGGAUCUAAGGAUAUGGUUGUCCUUCCUUACAAGGACAGCCUAUUGUUGUUCAGUCGAUAUUUACAGCAACUGGUUAUGGAAUCUCUUGGAAAAGAGUUUGACCUGGAUGGUAACAGGGUGAAUCAAGGGCUCACUGUUUAUGGAAACAAAGGGAGCACAGAUCAACAUGCGUACAUUCAACAGCUAAGAGAUGGUGUGCACAACUUUUUCGUGACAUUCAUUGAAGUUCUACGUGACAGACCACCUGGCCAUGAUUGGGAGCUUGAGCCAGGGGUCACUUGUGGUGACUACCUGUUUGGAUUUCUACAGGGAACAAGAUCUGCUCUAUAUUCCAAUGAGCGGGAAUCCAUUACUGUCACUGUGCAAGAAGUAACACCUAGAUCUGUUGGGGCUCUGGUAGCACUCUAUGAGCGAGCAGUUGGAAUUUAUGCCUCACUGGUCAAUAUUAAUGCCUACCAUCAACCUGGUGUGGAAGCUGGCAAGAAAGCAGCAGGAGAAGUUUUAGCUCUUCAGAAGCGUGUUCUUGCGGUACUAAAUGAGGCAAGCUGUAAAGAGCCCGUUGAACCAUUAACUCUCGAAGAAAUAACUGACCGUUGCCAUUCCCCAGACGAUAUUGAAAUGAUAUACAAGAUAAUCGCGCACAUGGCUGCUAACGAUAGAGCUCUUAUUGCUGAGGGGAGUUGUGGAUCACCCAGGAGCAUUAAGGUUUUCUUGGGGGAGUGCAAUGUCGACGAAAUGUAUGCCUAAAUUACGAUGAUUUCUUUCGUUUGAAAACAUGUUUAUCUUUAGUUCAUGAAACAAGAGGUUGCUUCAUUUUCUCCACAAAUAAUUAUGCUGAGCUUGUUAACAAAAUAAUGCCUCACUUCCAAUUGACAAGCAAUAAGAAUUAUUUUGCCUGUUCGGUUUUGCAUAA